AUGGAGACUGGGCUCUACACCCUGUCCCAAGCGACCCUGUCACCAGCUCCCUGUCUUUCCAUCCAGGAGACGCUGAUGGGGAAGUAUGGGGAGGACACAAAGCUCAUCUACGAGCUGCAGGACCAGGGAGGGGAACUUCUGGCCCUGCGCUACGACCUCACUGUGCCCUUUGCUCGUUACCUGGCCAUGAACAAGAUCACCAACAUGAAGCGCUACCAUGUGGCCAAGGUGUACAGGAGGGACAACCCAGCCACGACGCGCGGCCGCUACCGCGAGUUCUACCAGUGCGACUUUGACAUUGCUGGGCAGUUUGACCCCAUGAUUCCUGAUGCUGAGUGCCUGAGGAUUGUCCAUGAGAUCCUGAGUGACCUGCAGCUCGGGGACUUUGUCAUUAAGGUCAACGACCGGCGGAUUUUGAAUGGCAUAUUUGCUGUCUGUGGUGUUCCAGAGAGCAAGUUCAUAUCUGCCUGCUCCACCGUGGACAAGCUGGAUAAGGUGGCAUGGGAAGAAGUGAGGAGUGAGAUGGUGGGAGAGAAGGGGCUCUCUCCAGAGGCUGCGGAUCGCAUCGGGGAGUAUGUCCAGCUCCAUGGUGGGCUGGACCUGAUCGAGAGGCUUCUCCAGGACCCAGAGCUGUCCCAGAACAAGCUGGCCAAGGAAGGGCUGGGGGACAUGAAGCUGCUGUUUGAGUACCUGACCCUGUUUGGCAUCACAGGGAAGGCUUCUGGGGAGAAACUUCGUACAACUGAGACCCAAGUGCUGGUGGCUACACCCCAUAAACACUUACUUGCGGCCAGACUGAAGCUCAUCUCUGAGCUGUGGGAUGCAGGGAUCAAGGCAGAGAUGCUGUACAAGAAGGAUCCUAAACUGCUGAAGCAGCUGCAGUAUUGUGAAGACACAGGGAUCCCCCUUGCUGCCAUUGUAGGGGAGCAGGAGCUGGCAGAUGGAGUCGUCAAGCUUCGAGAUGUCACAACUAGAGAGGAGGUUGAUAUCCCCAGAGAAAAACUUAUUGAUGAAAUCAGGAGAAGGCUGGAGCCCUAG